AUGGGUAGUCUUUUUUCGCGUGGUUAUCCUGGGUACGGAUAUCCUGGAUAUGGAAAUGUAGGUUAUCCUGGCUAUGGGGGUGUGGGUUACGAUCCAAUUGGCGUAGGCUAUGAUCCGAUCAUUGGAGGCGGCUAUGGUAAUGGCGGCUAUGUUUAUUACACCACGGAGUACGUUCCAGCACCGCGUCGCCGUCGACGACGACGCUGCCCAGGGUGUUGUGCCGGUGGCUUCUGUGGAUACGGCGGAUAUGGCGGAUUUGGUGGAUAUGGCGGGUAUGGACGAUCCUAUGGCAGAUACGGAGGUUACUAUUAA